CUCGUGUACGGUUUGGUAGAAAACUGGUUUACGGUGGAUUAUUAAACUGUAAUGACUGUAGUUUGUGUUAGUGAUGACUUUUACGCUCUUAUUUUGGCGUUACUUCUUCCAGUCGUAAAUGUCAUGUCAGCUUGACGCAGCUGGAGGCAGCGCGCAGCGAAGCUCCACAGUCACAAACAAGCCUCAAAAGUGCGUCCAAAUGAGCGCUUAGGUCCCGCUCCGGCCUCGCAUGCCCGCCCGGACCCCCCCAGACACUCGCCCGGACCCGUCGGCACCCCGCUGCGGCUCUGUCCUGGAGGAUUAUAGCCGGGUGUGAGCGUCCACGGCUGGGCCUCUCCGUCGUGGCCCAGCGGGACUCGAGUGAAGUUCGGGGCCAAACUUCUGCUUCUGUGCGCGGCUGCGUGCGCCUCUGUCCGCGGGGCCCGGGGCCUCUGUCACCGGCCCUGUGGAUGAGGGAUUAACGCGCAAACCCACACAACAUCCAGGAGACAGGAUCCCGUUGAUGGGAGACUCCUCUUUCCUGGAGUCCUGGGUCAACCGCUGUUCCACAAUGAUGGAUGAGCAGGAGGUGCUGAAGUCGAUCAUGCAGGACUUGGCUGAACUGCACCGCUCCAGCCGACCUGCCAUGUUCCUGUCCGACCUGGGCAAACCCAAGGCCUCGUCGCCCAAAAACCAGAACGAUGUUCGGGUAAAGUUCGAGUUCAAGGGGGAGAAGAGGAUUCUACAGUUUCCUCGACCGGUCAAACUGGACGAGCUCCAAGACAAAGCGAAAGUGGCUUUUGGUCAAAACAUGGACCUUCACUACACCAACAACGAGUUGGUGAUCCCGCUGACGACGCAGGACGACCUGGACAAAGCCGUGGAGCUGCUGGACCGGAGCGUUCACAUGAAGAGUCUGAAGAUCCUCCUGGUGCUGCAGAACUCACAGAAUUCCCUGUCGAACAUGGAGCUGCUGCCGUCUCAGGAGGAGCUGGACAACACCGGCUUCAGAGGCACAGACAAAAACAUGCUCGCGCUCAUCGGUUCCCAGUCGGAUCGCAGCUCUCCUCCUCCCGGUUACAUUCCCGACGCUCUCCAGCAGGUGGCGAGAAACGGCUCCUUCACCAGCAUCAACAGUGAAGGAGAGUUCAUCCCAGAGAGCAUGGACCAGAUGUUGGACCCUCUCUCGAUGAGCAGCCCGGAGAACUCUGCGUCUGGAAGCUGUCCGUCAUUAGACAGUCCUCUCGACAGUGAUUAUCCAAAGUCGAGGAUGCCACGAGCGCAGAGUUACCCGGACAACCAUCAGGACUUUCCAGAGUACGACAUCCCGGUGUUUGAAAAAUCGGGGAAAGGAGGAACAUAUCCGCGGCGCUACGGCGUUCCCUUCAGCCCUCAAGACUACAGCGACGGGAGGAAAACUUUCCCUCGAGCUCGGAGGACUCAGGUUCACGGCUUCAGGUCUCCGGUGAAUUUCAGCCCCACAGACCAGUCCCCGAGCACCAGCAGCGGCAGCAGCGUGUUCAGCCCCGACGCGGAGGACGGCGCCUCCCGCAGGACGCGCAGAGGAAGCGACAUCGAACCCAACACCAGCGCCGCCCCCACGCUGUCCGUCAUGGACAUCAGCCCGCCCAGCCGCUCUCCUCGCGCUCCCACAAACUGGCGUCUGGGGAAGCUGUUGGGGCAGGGCGCGUUCGGUCGUGUUUACCUGUGUUACGACGCAGACACCGGGAGAGAGCUCGCCGUGAAGCAGGUGCAGUUUGACCCCGACAGCCCCGAGACCAGCAAGGAGGUGAGCGCUCUGGAGUGUGAGAUCCAACUGCUGAAGAACCUGUGCCACGAGCGGAUCGUGCAGUACUACGGCUGCCUGCGCGACUCCAUGGAGCGAACUCUCUCUAUAUUCAUGGAGUACAUGCCCGGGGGCUCGAUAAAGGACCAGCUGAAGUCGUACGGCGCACUGACAGAAAACGUGACGCGGCGUUACACCCGACAGAUCCUGGAGGGGGUGUCGUAUCUCCACAGCAACAUGAUCGUGCACAGGGACAUCAAAGGAGCGAACAUCCUGAGAGACUCUGUGGGGAACGUGAAGCUCGGCGACUUCGGGGCGAGUCGGCGUCUUCAGACCAUCUGUCUGUCUGGAACGGGCAUGAAGUCGGUCACCGGGACGCCAUAUUGGAUGAGCCCGGAAGUGAUCAGCGGAGAAGGCUACGGACGCAAGGCAGACAUCUGGAGCGUGGGCUGCACCGUGGUGGAGAUGCUCACGCAGCGCCCCCCGUGGGCAGAGUUCGAGGCGAUGGCGGCCAUCUUCAAGAUCGCGACUCAGCCGACGAACCCGGUGCUGCCGCCGCACGUGUCCGACCACUGCAGGGAGUUCCUGCGGAGGAUCUUCGUGGAGACCAAACUGAGGCCCUCCGCCGACGACCUGCUGCGCCACAUCUUUGUACAUUAACACCGACUGUAACCUUUGACCUUUGACCUGCAGCCUGCCCCGAGCCGCCUUGCUCCCACAGCGCCCCCUAUGGAUCAGGAGCCGCUACUGUCAGGAGGAGGUGCCUCUGCUACAGGCCUGUCACAACCGGACCAACGACGAGAAGGAAAUGAUAAUGUUUAUGUUUAUAACCCAAAGAGAGUCCGUUAAAAACAUGUGGGCUGGGUGAGUUUACGCGCACGCAAAAAAAUCUGAUCAUUGUCUGAUUUCUGGAGUUAUCCGAUUACAGAAAUACCAUUCUGACGUGAGGUACCAGAUUUCUUUCUUAUUGUUCAUUUCUGUGCAGGUUUGGACAAGGAAAAUUAUGCAAAAAGGAUAAACUAAUAUGCCAAAAACAAACAAGAAAGAGGAAAUGUUAAACGCUGAAAGAGUUAUUUAAAAUUCUUCGUACUCUGUCUUCCAAAUACCACAGUUACUCUUAAAAAUCCUCUUGCGUUUUUGAUGAUCAGAUUUCUCCUGUGCCGUAAACACACACCAAAAUAAGAUGGAAUUAUCAGGAUUUUCCCAGGCCGUGUAGAUGUUCCCACUGUCCCCAUCUCGCAACGGUCCACGGACGUCCGACACUUUUACGUCAAAUGCUCAGAUGUUGUUUCGUGCUGCCCUCUAGUGGCCGGUCUGAUUGUGACAGGCCUGUAUUCCCUCGUCUCUAUUUGUCUGAGACCGCCAUAGAGAAGAUAUUUUAAGAUAUUUUUGACCUUCUUCGCACCUUAAUUUUAGACCUGGAGGAGUUCCGCGCUUCUCCAGAAAAAUCAGAAUCUCCGAAAUGUUUGGUUUUUUUUUGUAUUUUGUCUUUUCCUCUCUCGUCUCGGCGGACCUACGUUUCCUGUGGCCGUUCCAGUCCAGAAUGUAAAACUCCUUAAAAAUCUAUAGCUGCUAAAAAAAACAAAAAGGAGUUGACCAGAUAGGAAAUAAGGGGUAUGACGGAAGGAAAACUAUUUGUUGGUGUCAAAAUUUUAAAGGCCCGUAUUACACGAUUAUUGUCUGAUCUGUGUUCUAAUGUCGUUUCCUCGUCAAAAAAAGACCUGGAGUUGUGUUAUUUGUUUCAUUCACACAUGUUUAACGCACAAAUCUGCACAUUUAAGCUGAGUUCUUCUCUCAAACUGAUAAAAAACACUCUCGAGAUGUCAUCAGGGUUCCCACGGUCAUGGAAAUCCUGGAAAAGUCAUGGAAUUUUAGUGUCUCUUUCACGCAGUUACAGAAAAGAAGAAGGAAAAGAAAAGAAACGACAAUAAUUAGGGCUGAGUAUCAUUAAGAAGAUGUCGAUACGAUACAUACCUCGAUACCUCGGACGCGAUACGAUACAUAUCUCGAUACAGUGCACUUUCGGUACGAUACGGUCAAACAAAACGAUAACUUUUGAGUUAAAUUAAAAAAAUAGAGCAAAAAUAUUCAGUUCUCAAUGGAUAAAAAUGCUCAAAAUGGUACCUAUAAACAAGGAGCUCAAAUCCACGAAAAAAAAAGAGUAAAAAGAGUGGUUUUUCUAUAAAUAUUUGAGCUCUGUUUAAGAAAAAUAAUUAAAUAUGAGAAUGAAGUAAGUAGAGAUCGGUGGGCGUGUAUGACCAGGAUUUUUGAAGCAGCGGCGUCUGGAAUCAAGGAGAACAACAACGACGAUUAUAUCACGAUAUAAAACAUGUCUCCUUUAUGAAACGGCGGUUGAAGAUCUAAACUGAUCUGACUCCGCUGCUGUUGUCAUGGCGAUAAAAGACCGUACAAUAAAAUAUAAUAAUUGGGGUAAACCAGCCGGGAUAAAUAUUUCAAAUCGAUUCGAUACUUGUUCAAUAAAAACUAACGGCUAAAUCAAGUCUGUGAUACUGAAAGUCUUUGUUAAAUCACGUCUUGUGCAAAGUUAAAAUGAAACACAAACAUUUUAAUCAUCAAAACUGUGAAAAUGUCUGAUUCAUGAGUCGGUUUCACUUUGUGGAAACUGUGUGACCUCGCAGCAUCAGGAUUCGUUCGCUCAACAGUAGACGGGUACUUUUUUUUAAUUGAACCAAUCGCUGCUGUUUGGUCGUGACGUUUGUAAUGCUCCAAAUCCCGCAGGAAGAAGAACAAUAACGUCUUUCCUCUUGAUAAAAUUCACCAAACUGUCUCUUUGUUCCGGCUUUAAAUCCUCGAUAUCGGGAAUCGUUGCCAACACAGAAUGUUUGUCUCUUCUCUGAUUGGCUGGUGCCUGAACUCGCACUUCCGGUGUUCUCCCAAACCGUCUAGUGUUCAUCUAGUCACUGGAGAGAAAUAAAAAUUGAGCAGAGGCACUAGGUGGUGCCAGACUGACUAGAAAAAGUCAAAUGUGUCACAUAAACAGGUUUCCUUCAUCUGAACAAACAACAAAACUGUAGCUGUAACAAAAUAAUUUAGUAAAAUAAACCAAAAAAAUCCUCUUGGUGAUAUAUCGAUACAGCAGCCCACGAUAUCCAUCCUGUAUCAGCACAUUAAACGAUACGAUAUAUUGAUAUUUUGAUAUUUUUGCAGGCAGUGAGUGGAAAGAGUUCACAUUUCAUAUUUGGACCUAAAAGUCAGAUCGAUUCUACAAAUGCAGGUGCCGUAAAGUCAUGGAAAAUUCACUUUAGGUCAUGAAAAAGUCUUGAAAUUUUGUCAGUAAAAAAAAAAGUGGGAACCCUGUGACAGAAAGUGCUCCACUGUGUUUUUAAACUCCAUAAACCUUCACUAGAUUUGGAUAAAUUCAACUCCUAAAGGCAAAAGGAGCUUCAUGACAUCACAAGGUGGAACAGAGCGUUUAGAGCUUUGGAAAUGUAGACAGACUCAUAAUAAAGAGUUUCUCAAACGUGUGAAUGAAACAAAACACAACUCCAGCUCUGUUUUCUGAGGAUUAAACGACAUUAGAAGACGACUUGAAGCUCACGUGAGUCCGUUCUGUGUAAUAUCGGACCUUUUUAAAUAUCGUUUCGUUUAGAUUCACACAAAUGGGAUUCCAAAGUUCAAACGCCCCGCGCUCCCUCACUCUUUUAAACUUCACACGGACGCGUCUCCAGAGCUGGAGGGUUCAUAAACAGGUUCUUAACUUGAUAGUUGUGGAUAAAUUCCUUGUGGAGCUUGUUGGUUGAAGAUUUGGGGCAGAUUUAUGAAGCUGCCGGAGAAAACGACACAUUUACACAGAAAACCAAAAACCAGAAGUUCCUCAAAGCUCCAGGGCGAGACUUCCUCCGGUCGUUGUGAAAAAGCUCUAUGGUACUUAAAGAAAUCUCCUUCAAACUUCUCUAAAGCUUCUGUAAAAUGUUUUGGGCCUCGUCUCGUUGGAUUCCUCCAGCUCUACUGACCGUCCGUCCUUCCUCUCCACUUCCUGCUUCUUCUUCUUCUUCUUCUUCCUCCUCGCACUCUUUCUUUGUGCCUUUUUCUGUUAUUUAAAUGCAGUGUUCAGAACGUAAGAUUGCGUCUACAGUUUUGCCUCCUGGAUUUAAAGCUUCACUACGUAACUUUUCGAGUGACGGAGACGGAGAUGGAGACGUCGGCGCUGCGUCUGGAAAGUUCCGCAGAGUUCCGCAUUAAACUUACUUACAAAAUAACUCCGCUGGGACGAGCUGCCGGUGACUCCGAGCCACGUUACAGGUCAGAUCUGUGGAGAGGUGCCCACACUCACAGUAACGAUGCGUGGGUUUAAUUAAAGAGUUUAGACUUGGACUUAAGAUCCGUUCAGACCGGAGCGUCAGGGUUUCCAGUUUUGUAAAGUCUUGAGCGUUCAGGCGUCAAAUCUCUGGACGCGCACCCGGGACGUCAGAAGUUGAAAAUGCUGAACUUUGGUUGACGUGAUGCGUCUGAUGCCAAAUCAGGGACGAACAUCCAGAGACACAGUGUUACGUCCCCUUUGCUAGGGGAGAAAGGGAAGUAACAAGAAAACCAGGAUGUUAAAGGUUUAACUAAAAAUUGUGCAUUUAUUAUUUACAGUGUAAGGAAGACAACGAAAAAAAAACAAGCAAUUAAGGUGAAAACAAAUAGGAGUUAAACAAAACAAUCGAAUUAACUAAAGAGCCCUAACUAAACACAAAGUACCAAAUCUACUCAAAAUUUCUGCGAAACAAAACAAAGGUGUCCCAACGAAAUAAACAAGGCAACAGCCGGCAAUACAACAAAAAUGAGACAAUCCAAUGUUAAACAAAGUGGCGAGCUGGCCGCAGUGAUCCAGCCGCCUCGAGCAGGCGGAAGAUGGUCCUUUUCAAUCCCCGCUAUUACAGGUGGCAUCCGCGGAUUGGUGGAAGCGCAGGGAUGAAGGGCCAAUCGCUGACGCGCUGCGACGCCAGCCUCCGUCCCACGUCGGGUACUCCCGCGCAUCCGGGUCCAGGGCUCGUGGACCGGGAGCAUCAUGCGCCGACAAAAGCAAUUAGGGAAGAACAGGAGUACUUAAACAAAUAACAAAGGGCCGGGGCCCGUAACACACAGCGACGUUAUGACCCGGAAGAAGAGAAAGACCCGGGAGCCACAAGCAGUAGUGGAGUAUAAAUAUAAACACACCACAACCACCGAGUCAAUCGCCAGGACGGGACUGGGACACGACUGGGACACGACUGGACACGACUGGGACACGACUGGGACACGACUGGGACACGACUGGGACACGACUGGACCAGGACUGGACCAGUGUCAUUAGUGGAAUAUAAAUAUAUACAUGCCGCAGCCGCCGAACUGAUCAUCAGGACUACACCAGGACUGAACCUACGCCGUGUCAUUAGUGGAUUAUAGUUCAUAAUACCGAUCGUCAGAACUGGACCAGGACUGCACCAGGUCUAAACCAGGUCUAAACCAGGACUGAACCAGUGUUAUUAGCAUAAAUAUAUACACACUGCAACCGUUGAGCAAGUCACCAGGACUGGACCAGGACUGGACCAGGACUGGACCAGGACUGGACCAGGACUGGACCAGGACUGGACCAGGACUGGACCAGGACUGGACCAGUGUCAUUGGAAGAUUACAAAUAUAAACACACCGCAACCACAAAGCCAAUUGCCAGGACUACACCAGGACUACACCAGGACUGAACCUGUCUAAACCCGGUCUAAACCCGGUCUAAACCCGGUCUAAACCCGGUCUAAACCCGGUCUAAACCCGGUCUGCACCAGGACUACACCAGGACUGAACCCGGUCUAAACCCGGUCUACACCAGGACUGCACCAGUAUCAUUAGUGGAGUAUAAAUAUAAACGCGCCGCAGUCGCUGAGCCGAUCGUCUUCGCUGAUGGUUUCAUGUACUAAAAACACUAAAGUCUCUCUCGGCCUGGUCCAUCGUUCCAGGAAAUGUCUCUUGUUUCCAGGGCAACGGAACCUGGACACACGUCAAGUAUUUUCCUCCCGUUCGUCCACAGCGACCAAGACGCUCCUUGGGGGGCGUCAAAACUCAAAUCCAAAGGCUCCAACUAGACGCUUUUUGACGCUUCGGUCUGAACGGACAAACUUUAUUGAUCCACAAAGGAAAUAAUUUGGACACAUUCGCUCAAAUAUCACAAUAAAAUAUAAUAACAAAGAGUAAAAAUAUAAACAGUAAUAAUAAAUUCAAAAUAAGUCGCAAAACAGAACAAGAGACAAGUGUCGUGUGGUAUUAAACACAUUUUUAUUCAACUUCAGCUUUAUUUAUUUCUCAAAAACAUCUUUAAAAACACUUCCUUCUUCUCAAAUCUGACCUGUGCUUUGGCUCGGAGACUCCAGCGAGACUCUUUAAGUUUGUGGCUUCACCGCAGAACAUCCGACGAGCAGCCGAAGGACUCUCCGCCAGAAAAGUUCCUUAGUGCGUCUUUAAAAAAAAACAAACAAAAACAACUGCCUUGCACCGUUUUGCCCGGUUACAGCUGAACUCCACUCAGCUCCUUCUGCCUUCAAACAGAAACACACACCGAUAUAAAAAACCCUUUGCCUUCGCGGUACUCGGAACGACGCGCUUCAUCCUAAACUUGAUCACAUCUCCACGACUGUACAGAACCAUUUUAAACCCGAUUUUAAAGCCGACUGGCCGUGUUUUUUGUGGCUGCGUGACGCUUUAGUCCAAACGGAACCCGGUUUAGAAACGACGACACACGAGGUACGACACGAUACGACUGUUCCAGCUUCAUCCUCUUUACAUUUGGAGUUUUUUAUGCACUUAUCAAACGGAAUCGACGAAUAAUGACCAAGUUAAAGCUACAGUUCGGUUUAUUUUUAUGUUGUUUUUUAAAUAAACUUGUCCCCUCCUCUCUUCACUUAGCAAUUAAAAACAGAAAAGUUGGAUAAUUUAACUUAACAAUCUAAUCUUACGCUGUUUUCUGACGUAGUUUUAAUGUCGUUUCUUCUUUGCAAACAUACCUGGAGUUUUGUGUUGCUCCACUGUGUUUUUAAACUCCACACAGCUUCAGUAGAAUCGUUCGGAAAGACUUCAGCUCUGGACUUAGACUUGGACGAACUUUAUCGAUCCACAAUUGUAAUUAUUUGGACACAAGAGCUCAAACAUCACAAAAUAAUGUAAUAACAAAGAGCAAAAAUAUAAAUGGUGAUAAUAAAUUCUAAAUAAGAAGCAAAAAUGAGCAAGAGACAAAAACUCCAGGUUUGUUUUUAGGAGGGAACGUCACUUAAAGCUUUUAGGGGUGUAACGGUUCAAAAAUCCCAGUUCGGCACAUCACUCAGUUUUGACGUCACAGUUUGGUUCAUUUUCAGGAACAAAACGUAAAACCGUUUGUGUGUUUAAUAAGAAUUGUAAUUUUCAGUCCCGCUCCCGCCCGCAUCUGUGAUAUUUUGUCCCGCUUCCGCCCGCAAAUCCUGCAAGACGUGGACGUUGGCUUUAAACAACAGAUUUAAACACAGAGAAGUGGAAAGGAAUUGACACGUCCACAAGUUUUGGCUGCUUAAAAUGUUUUUAUUAAUGCCAAAUUAAAUCUCCAGCACAAAUGAUGUAUGACAGACAAACAUGAAUCAUUUGUAUAUUUUAUCUCACAGUCAGAUUUAGUUUGAGGUAGAGCCUCCUGUGUAUCAGCGUGUCUCAGUUGCCGGGCGACGGGAGCGGCUCCGUAGAUGCACCUGUCACAUUUCGGCAACAGUUUUUCAGUGCACGGAGGCCAGCUCCAGGGCUGCGCUGGGGUCGGGACGCAAUCCAUUUCCAAAAGCUGACAACGCAAUGUUUGCAUUCUCAGAACAAACACCGGCUCCAUGUGGACGAAAGACCAAAACGAAUACAAACUUCACAGUAUCAACCAAAAAACGUUGUUGUGUGGACUUGCGGACGUGAUCUAAUCUCAUGCACAUUUUAGACAAUUACUUUCCACUGUUCUGUGUUUAGAGCUUUAGAAAGUGAACAUCCACGUCUGGCAGGAUUUGCGGGCGGGAACGGGACAAAAUAUCGCAGAUGCAGGCAGGAGCGGAACUGAAAAUUACAAAUCUUUGCAGACGCGGGCGGGAGUGGGACUGUAAAUUCUGUCCUGCGCAGACCUCUAGUUUGCGGGACUGCAGUUUAUCCUCUCACAUCGUGUAGUCCCGCUUCCACCUGCGCCGCAAUGAGCUUUCGAAAUGUGUCCCGCGCCGCACUGUUUUGUGUCGGGUCCCACGGAACCAAACGCCCAAUACCGAAACGAUUCUGGACGAAUUCAUGAAGCGUUACACCCCGAGUAGCUUUAACAGUCCAGCGUAAUCGUCCUAAAAAUCUGUACGUUUGAUUCUGAAAACGUAACACAAGUGUCAGAAAAAUCUCUUCUUAAAUAGUUCGUAAAAUAAUCUCGUAUUCUUCGUCCGUCACUAACAAAAAUCACUCCAGAAACGACGACAAAACUAACCGGUGAGCACUCCAGAUCCACUAUGCACCUCCGUCACGACCGCACUCAUCAGACUGUAUUGAGUUUUAUUAUUACUGCGGAGGAUUGCGCCCUCUGCUGGCACUGGUUUGACCUCGAUACCAUUAUGCACUAUCAGAGAAACGCUUCGAUUCCUCCACUUUUCCUUUGCACAUUUUUGUAUUUUUGUUUUUAUUUUUUGGUACGGAUGAGUUGUGUGUUCGAUGUUUUCACGUUGGCGUUUUAGGCUCGAUCUUGCCUUUUUUCUAACGAUCUUGUCCUCAUGAAAAGUUGGAUUUUAUGAAUGUAAAGUGUUAAUUUCACCGUCAAAUUGCCUGAUUCUGAAAAUUGCCAUGACAAAACUGUUCAACGGUUCAAGUUCUCAAAUGUUUUGUUUUUAUUUUUUUUUUUUUUUUUUUUUGUGAAUGAAUGUUUCCCAUAGACUGUUUGAAAGAAAGAACCAGGGACUAGACCGGGGACUAAGACCGGGGACUAAGACCGGGGACUAAGACCGGGGACUAAGACCGGGGACUAAGACCGGGGACUAAGACCGGGGACUAAGACCGGGGACGAAGACCGGGGACGAAGACCGGGGACGAAGACCGGGGACGAAGACCGGGGACGAAGACCGGGGACGAAGACCGGGGACGAAGACCGGGGACGAAGACCGGGGACGAAGACCGGGACUAGACCAGGACUAAAACAGGGACUAGACCAGUGACUAAGACCAGGACUAAACCUUGGAAUUAUCCAGAUGACAAAUUUGAACCAGGACUAGACCGGGCCUAGACUGGGCCUAAACCGGGACUACAUCGGAACUAAAUUGGGACUAAACCUUGGAAUUAUCCAGACGACAAAACUGCACGAGGACUAGACCAGGACUUCACCAGGACUUCACCAGGACUAAACCUAGGAAUUAUCCAGACGACAAAACUGCAUGAGGACUAGACCAGGGCUAGACCAAGACUACACCGAGACUACACUGGGACUAAAUCAGGACUAAACCUUGGAAUUAUCCAGACAACAAAUCUGAACCAGGACUUGACCAGGAAUAGACCUUGGAAUUUCCAGACGAAAUUGAACUAGGACUUUACUGGGACUGGACGAGACCAGGACGAGACCAGGACGAGACCAGGACGAGACCAGGACGAGACCAGGACGAGACCAGAACGAGACCUGAACUAAACCUUGCAAUUAAACUGAACCGGGACUAACUCGGGACUAAACCGGGACUAAACCUUCAAAUUAUCCAGAUGAAGAAAUUGAACCAGGACCAGACCUUAACCAGACCAGGACUAGACCAGGACUGAAAUUGGGUCUAAAUCGGGACUAAACCUUGGAAUUAUCCAGACGACAGAACUGGACCAGGACUAGACCAGGACUAGACCAGGACUAGACCAGGACUAGACCUUCGAAUUUACAGAACUUAAACUAAACUAAACUAAACUAAACUGAACUACGACUAGACCCGGGACUAGAACCGGGACUAGACCCGGGACUAGACCGGGACUAGACCCGGGACUAGACCCGGGACUAGACCCGGGACUAGACCAGGACUAGACCAGGACUAGACCAGGACUCGACCACGACUCGACCACGACUCGACCACGACUCAACCACGACUCAACUAGGACUCUACUACUAACCUUGGAUCCAACCCAGACUAGAUCAAGACUAGAACCGGGACUGGACCAGGACUAGACCAGGACUCAACCACGAAUCAACCACGACUCAACCACGACUCAACCAGGACUUUACUACUAAACCUUGGAUCUAACCCAGACUAGAUCGGGACUUGGACCAGGACUUGGACCAGGACUAGAUUCUCUGCAGACGGUUUAGUUCUGGAUGGAAACGUCCGAUUUAAAUGAAUCAAAAAUAAUUUCCAGAUGAUUGAUCCUGAAUCUUAAACGAGUAUUAUUAUUAUUAUUAUUAUUAUUAUAUUUUUAUCAUUAUUUUUUUUGUUGCGUCUGCAGUUUCUUUGUUUUGAAACGGUCUAUGGCGGGUGAAUGCUUUUAACUGUAGGAACUGAAUAUAUGAAAAAAAAAGAAUUAUAAAAAAAAAAGCGUGUACAGAUGUAAAAAGUGAAAUUGUACCCUCUUUUGUUUUUUAAAGAAAAGUCUAAAUCUGAUGUUGUGUCUUGUACGAGAAGCCAUUUAUAAUUCUGAUUGGUUUGUGACCAAUGCACCUGUUUAUAUGAUCUGUAUAUCAGUGGUACGCAUAAUUUUUUAAUAUAUAUUUUUUAUUUUCUUUUUUUAAACGGGAGGUUUAUGCACGACACGAUGCAGCGGUGCAUUUUAAAGGUUAAAUGCUGUGUUUUGUUUUCCUUUCGGCAGAAGUCUGGAGGAUUGUGUCCAAAACGACGAUUACAAUGGAAACAAUAAAUAUAUUUAUUUGCAAAUAAA